AUGGAGCAUAUCCCCGACGUCCAAGCCGACCACGGCGCGCCCAACACAUUUCCUCUUACAGCACAGCAAGUUGAAGAUACAAUACGAGACUUCAUCGAUUCAAUAAGCAAAGCCGCUGUUUGUGAUUUGGCAUCGAGGUAUAAUGGCGGAAGAUGUUGCAGAAUAGUCGAUCAGCGGAAUGGCAGCUUCAACAUCUGUUUCUUUAUUCUCUUUGAUGCCGAUGUCACAUGGGUGGUAAGAAUACCAAUCGAGCCAGUGACCCGGAAUGCCUGGGCCAAGGUCGUGAGUGAAGUGACAACCAUCCGGUAA